AAGGCGGUGUCCGCCAUUUCGUGGACGCCGGGUUACUGGUCGCGUGUCCUGGACCUGUGUCGGAGGGCAGCGGGAAGCCCUGUUGGGAGCGUGCGGUUUUGAACCUGCGCAUUUCCAACCCCGGAUCUCGAGAUGCAUCGUGAUUCCUGCCCAUUGGACUGUAAGGUUUAUGUAGGUAACCUUGGCAACAAUGGCAACAAAACGGAGCUGGAAAGAGCUUUCGGCUAUUACGGACCACUGCGAAGUGUGUGGGUUGCUAGAAACCCUCCUGGCUUUGCUUUUGUUGAAUUUGAGGAUCCCCGAGAUGCAGCUGAUGCUGUCCGCGAGCUAGAUGGAAGGACGUUAUGUGGCUGCCGCGUCAGAGUGGAACUGUCCAAUGGUGAGAAAAGAAGUCGAAAUCGCGGCCCUCCUCCUUCCUGGGGUCGUCGCCCGCGCGAUGAUUAUCGCAGGAGGAGUCCUCCGCCUCGCCGCAGAUCUCCACGAAGGAGAAGUUUCUCUCGCAGCCGGAGCAGGUCUCUUUCUAGAGAUAGGAGAAGAGAGAGAUCACUGUCUAGGGAGAGAAAUCACAAGCCGUCCCGAUCCUUCUCUAGGUCUCGCAGCCGAUCUAGGUCAAAUGAAAGGAAAUAGAAGACCGGUUUGCAAGAGAAGUGAUGUACAGGAAUUAACUUCAUUGACGGGAGUAUGUACAGAAAAUUCAAGUUUUGUUUUGAGACUUCAUAAGCUUGAUACAUUUUUAAGAUGUUUUAGCUGUUCACCUUCGUGUCUUGGAACAGUGACACACAACAAUGUAAUUCUCUAUGGUUUGCAAUGGAUCAUACGAGGCAUGUAAUACCAAGAAUUGUUACUUUACAAUGUUCCCUUAAGCAAAAUUAAAUUUGCGUUGAACUUUAGUCUUGGCAUAGACUGAUAAUAAACCUCUAAAUUCCGCCUAGUUAAAGUGUGUUGUCCUAAUGUUACGGAAACAAAACUGGCAAAAAUUAAACAAGACCUGUUUCAUAGCUGAGGUGAUGGUGUGUGAGCAUGCCAACAGGUAAAGAUCCAGGCUGCACACGAAUCUAGGUGAGCGUGUUGUAGGAAAUGGAACUGGUCUUCGUGCUGGGCAGAGGUUUCCUGAUUGGCAUAGAAGAAGCAGGUAAAUUUCAAGAAAGUUUACCUUUGCUUCGUCACACGUUCCUUAUGUGAUGCUGUAUAUGAAUGUGUAGCUGUUUGUAUCUUUAUUUGGAAACCUGAGAUUUCAAGAGAACCAACCUCCUGCCUGUUUAAGGGUACAUUGUAGAGCUGAACUUUGCGUUACUGUGCAAGAUUUUUUUUCAUGCUGUCAUUUGUAAUAUGUUUUGUGAGACUCUUUGGGAUUAAAGUUUUGGUUACAAAUUGUUAUUUAACUUGGAAGCUUGUUUUUCCUUGCAAACUCAAAAUAUAUGAGCUUGAUACCAAGUCCAGGUAUAACAUUCCUAUUGGAAGCCAUACUUAUAUUUUCUUGUAAAGUGCUUUUGAAUUAAUAAAAUAGCGUCAUUGUGUAAUAGUCA